AUGCCAUUGGAAAACAGCUCAUGUUCUGCUGAACGUGAUUAUUUCGAUGAAAAUCCGGCUCCUGUUGGCUUACAAGCCUACAAAUCACUGGCACAGGACUUUAUCAAUCUUCACAAAUCUGCUGGUAGACGUGUCGUCUUGGUGACUUCGGGAGGCACUACUGUACCCCUCGAAAAACAGACAGUCCGCUUUAUUGAUAACUUUAGUGCUGGCACGCGAGGUGCCACCUCAGCCGAGUAUUUCCUUGACAACGGCUAUGCCGUCAUAUUCCUCCACCGACAAUUCAGUCUGCUGCCUUACUCCAGACACUACAGCCAUACGACGGAUUGCUUUUUAGAUUUCCUUCACGAGGGGCAAGAUGGCAAUGUUGUGGCUAAUGAAGAAUGUCUGGGGAAAAUGAUAGGCGUCCUUCGGAAGUAUAAUUGUGUCAAAGCGAGGAAACUCCUCGUAAAAUUUCCUUUUACAACAGUCACAGAAUACCUAUUCAUGCUGCGCAUGAUCUCACAGCUCAUGCGGCCCUUGGGGUCCUCCGGCUUGCUUUAUCUCGCAGCUGCAGUAUCAGACUUUUUUGUGCCACUCGAGCGAAUGUCGGAGCAUAAGAUACAGUCAACAAAUGCAGCUGACCCCAAAUACGUCUACGGCACGAAAGUUGGGAAAUUUUCCGAUGAAGCGGAUUCUCGCGAUGAUUCUUCCCAAUCUCCGCAGAGCAAGCACUUGGUCAUUAACCUUGACCCCAUCCCAAAGUUUUUAAAGAAUCUAGUCGAUGGAUGGGCUCCUGAAUGCAUGAUUGUAUCGUUUAAGCUAGAAACAGAUCCUGAUAUCUUAGUACACAAAUCACAAUAUAGCUUGACCCGUUACCAACACCAUCUCGUAAUAGGAAAUCUUUUGGCAACAAGGAAGUUUGAAGUAGUCUUCGUGGCGCCGGGCCAGGCACCCAAAUGGAUCCGAACUACCGGUGAUGAAGAAAAUAGUGCCACUGAGAACAACGCUGGUUGCGUUACUGAGGGAUUUGAACGAGAGAUGGAUACAGAAAUCGAGAGUCUCAUCGUUCCUGCAGUGAAAGAGUUACAUUCGAAACACAUAAAUAGAUUUUCUACAUCAAGUGCGCAGUCCUAG